AUUAGUAUAGAAAAGGAUAACAAAGUAACCCAAGUUUUAAAAAGUAGUAAUCUUAUUAUGCCACGAGAAUUUAGUGAGGAUCUUCGAUGGAGAGUUGCUUAUUUACAUGCAGACGGUUAUAACAAUAAAGAUAUUGCUAAAAUUCUUUAUAUUAGCAAAUCUACUGUAUAUAGAAUAAUACGUAAUUUUCAAAAAUGGAGAUAUGUCAAACCUCCUUUUAAAGGCCAAACAGGUCGUAGGAAAGCUUUUAAAC